AUGGGUAAGAUCAUUUUCUACGAGGACAGGAACUUCGAAGGUCGCUCUUAUGAGUGCAGCAGCGAGUGCGCUGACCUACAUUCUCACUUUAGUCGCUGCAACUCCAUCAGAGUGGACAGUGGUAACUGGAUGGUCUAUGAGAGACCCAACUACAUGGGCUACCAAUACUUCCUGAGGAAGGGCGAAUAUCCAGACUACCAGCGCUGGAUGGGAUUCAACGACUGCGUGAGAUCCUGCCGUAUGAUCCCUAUGCACCAAGGCACUCACAGACUGAUGAUCUACGAGCGCCCAGAAUUUGGAGGACAGAUGAUGGAGCUGACAGAUGACUGCCCCUCCCUGUAUGAACGCUUCCAUUUCAAUGACAUCUACUCCUGCAACGUAAUGGAUGGCUACUGGAUCUUCUACGAGCAUCCUCAUUACAGGGGACGCCAGUACCUGAUACAUCCUGGUGAAUACAGAAGGUUUCAUGAGUGGGGAGGCAUGAGUUCCAGGGUUGGAUCCAUCAGACGCAUCAUUAUAAUGUCUGUCAUAUAUAAUACCCUACAGACGUAUUGUAACUUCCAGGGUCGCAGGUACGAAUGCGACAGCGACUGCACCGACUUCCACUCCUAUCUGAGUUGCUGCAACUCGGCCCGUGUGGAGAGCGGGACCUGGGUGAUCUACGAGAGACCAAACUACUUGGGUUACCAGUACGUCCUGAAGAGAGGGGAAUACCCCAACUACCACAGCUGGAAUGGCCUCAAUGACAGAGUCAGCUCUUGCAAGAUGAUUCACUUUGCCCCUGGAGACCCCUACAAGAUCCAGCUGUACGGCAAAGCCGAUUUCUCCGGUCAGGUGUUUGAAGCGAGCGAGGACUGCGCCUCUGUGCUGGAGACGUUUCACUGGAGAGAGGUGCACUCCUGCAGGGUCCUGGGAGGCUGGUGGGUCUUCUACGAGCACCCCAACUACAAGGGCCGCCAGUACCUACUGGAGAAAGGCGAGUACCGCAGGCCUGUGGACUGGGGCGCUGUCUGCCCCACUGUGCAGUCGUUCAGACGGCUGACUGAGUAAAAGAAUUCCAAUUAUUUAUUUAUUUUUUAACCUUUUCUUUGGCUUUCGAUUCGCUAAUAAUUUGCAUCAAUGCAGCUGCUAAAUAGCUAAAAUAAAAACUGAAUGAUGAGGCAUUGCGAAGUUGUUUCAUCCCUGUGUGUUAGUGUGGUGCUUUAAAGUGUGGAGAUAAAAAAGUCUACCCUGUGUGACCACAGCUAAAUUAUUUAAAGCUGUAUUAAAGAAGUUAUUAAAAGGGACUCGGGGGGGCUAGUUGAGGGGGUUGUGGGUGCUGUAACACCAUUUAACGGAUUUUAUGUUCACAGAUUUUCCCAAAUUAAAAAAAUAAGGCACCACGUCGGUGUUUAUGCAAAAUUCAAGCUAUUUUAAAUCAGGGCUAAACUUGGCAAAGUAUGCUCAUGUCUUUUAGAAAGCUCCAAUCAUUGCUUUUGCAUGAGUUGUGUAA